AUGGCCACAAACAAAACCCUGUUGGAGCUGGAAAACCGGUUAACAAAGAGCUAUGAUUCCCUCUCUGGAAGCCCUUCGUUUCGCUGGCCCUUCGACCCCGUGAAGAUAGACGAGCUCAACAGCAAACUGCAGGGAUAUGUUACCGUGAUUCCUGAGCCAGGGAUGUGCAUUAAAAUGAAGACUACGGAUGGAAAGAAAGUGUUCAUCAACGUGUGUUUUUCUGAGAAGGUUCCGCCGCUAGAUCAAGAUUUGACCGAAGCGGAUCUUGCAGAGCGGUUGCAGUCGUCAGCAGAGUCGAUGCGAAUUCCCAUGAGUGUCGGUGAUCCUCACGAUGAAGUUGACCACAGCGGAGAGCCUUGCCGUGUUUAUGACAUCGUUGUUCAUCCAUCCCUUUAUCAAAAAAUAGAGAAGAGCGAAUUAUUUUACCACUUUUUUAUAUCGGUGGGAAUGGAAGCACUGGAAAACAAAUUCAGCCUAGCUAUCGAUCGCAGAAGCGCAGUGACGCUAAAAGGAAAAAGGUUUUUUGGUAAGAUUGUGGAACAGCGAGUGCGCACCAAACCAAAGUUGGUCCAAGAAAUUCAAAACCACCCUGUUUCCGUAUUGACGCAACCGAGGGUUCCUCUGGAAUCUGGCUCUAACAAUUACUCAGUACCCUAUUCAGAACUUUGGAUGGAUCCUGAGGGAUGUAAAACACGGCAUUUAAAAGUCGAAAUCAGUUUGGGAAACGUGAAUGACUUAAAGCAGAUUAGCCUAGCGGUCGGCGACGACAGGAUAUUGCUGACCUCUUCUUCAGUAAAGCCAAAAAAUUAUAGGCUGGAAAUUGGAUUGCCCGUGCAGAUCGCACCCCAACAGGCAGCAGCAGUCUUUAAGCUUUCCACAAAAAUGCUUGUCAUUGGUCUACCAAUAGUGUGACUCAAAUGUUGUACAUUCUCAAAAAAUAUCAUUUACAGUGACUGAAGCCUGCAGCUUGUUCUGAAAGAAUAAUUAUCACUGCAGCACUCACCAUUUCAGUUUUCUACAUACUUGUACGCACAUUUCUUGGAUGCGCAUUUAUUUUUUAUCGUUAUUUGACACUGAAAAUUGAAGGUUCACCAUUAAUAAUCAUCGAGUGUCGUCGAGCACUUAGAUUACUAAAGAACUAUCGUAGGUUAUAUCUAGAAGUACUUAU